CUCUUCCUCCUGCCUCCGCCGCCGCUGUGUUCAAUCACAAUUAGGUGUGACUGAUACUGCUCAUGCCGCACGGACGCCGGCUCGUUUUGCUUAGACGUCGGACUUUACUGGACGUGCUUGUGGAUUUUUAGUCGACUGGCUGCUUUUUAAGGACGGGGCGGAACUGAGCGAGUGAAAGGAAGUGGAAAAAAUGUACAGGCGGCACACUGGCUUGCGAUGUGGACCGACUGGACUCAACCUCGAUGUUUACUUUUGGAUGUCCCUCUGAAUGAAUGAAUGAGUGUGUGUGUGUGUGUGUGUGAGUGGGUGUGUGUGUGGUUUUAGGGUCACCUGCUCUGGAUGUGGCGCCGGUCCACCAACCAUCUCAUCUCGGUGGGGGGAAAAGUGCUUGGGUUUGCUGAUUCCAGGUGCCUUGAACGCAUCAUGAGCAAAGAUAGUUAAAGAAGAGUGAUGGAAGUGAUGCUGCUUGUAUAGGGACAUUUUAAAACACACGCACGCACACACACACACACACACACCUGCUAUAGAGGAGAAGGUGAGGGGUCACAGAAGGGAGACAUCAACGACACUGGCCUGGACUUGUUGGAAGCCAUCGUCGUGGCAACCCACUGAGAGGCUACAGACAUUAAUGCCACUGAGCUCUUUUCAUCACCAAGAAGCACCCCCAUUUUUACAGGCUGCAUGGACACAUCGUCAAAGUCGUGGCUCCCACAUCAGGGUCAGUUUGGGUUGGGUGGUCAAGUGGAGGUGUGCUGUAGUGGACCUGGCGUUUUGACCCCAAACCAAUCACGCAGGGCAAGUUUUGCCUCUGUGAGACAGUCAAGCAUGGAAACUCCCCCAAAUGCCACGCCGCAGUCCUUCAGGCAACCGAGUUUUCUCAAUCGGAAGCUAAAGGGCUCCAUCAAAAGGGCCAAAAGUCAGCCCAAACUGGACCGGACCAGCAGCUUCAGACAAAUGAUCUUGCCUCGGUUUCGUAGCGCCGACCAAGAAAGGACACGCUUGAUGCAGAGUUUCAAAGAAUCCCACUCCCACGAGUCCUUGCUCUCUCCCAGCAGUGCUGCCGAGGCUUUGGACUUGGUUCUGGAUGAAGACGCCGUCAUAAAACCAGUUCAUUCCAGCAUUUUAGGACAAGAGUAUUGCUUUGAGGUGACCACCAAUUCCGGAACAAAAUGCUUUGCCUGCCGGUCUGCAUCAGAGAGAGACAAGUGGAUUGAAAACCUGCAACGAGCUGUCAAACCCAACAAGGACAACAGCCGACGAGUUGACAAUGUACUCAAGUUGUGGAUCAUCGAAGCGCGAGACCUCCCGACGAAGAAACGCUACUACUGUGAGCUGUGUCUGGACGACAUGCUGUACGCCCGCACCACCAGCAAACCUCGCACAGACACCAUCUUCUGGGGCGAGCACUUUGAGUUCAACAACCUACCCACCAUUCGUAGCCUUCGCUUGCACCUCUACAAGGAGACGGACAAAAAGAGACGCAAGGAAAAAAGCACUUACCUCGGCCUCGUCAGCAUCCCCAUCUCUAGCAUCACGGGUCGGCAGUUCGUGGAGCAGUGGUACCCCGUCAUCCAGUCCAGUGUUUUGGCCAAGAGCGGCGGCGUUGGUAGCGGCAAAAUCAUCAACGCCUCGCUCCGCGUCAAAUCUCGCUACCAGACCAUGAACAUUCUCCCUAUGGAGCUGUACAAGGAAUUCGCCGAGUACAUCACCAACAACUACCGAACACUGUGUGCAGUACUGGAGCCGCUGUUGAGCGUGAAGAGCAAAGAGGAGGUGGCGUUUGCGCUGGUGCACAUACUCCAAAGCACUGGGAAAACUAAGGAGUUUUUGUCUGACAUGGCGAUGUGUGAGGUGGAUAGAUUCAUGGACCGCGAGCACAUGAUCUUCCGAGAAAACACGCUUGCGACGAAGGCUGUGGAGGAGUACCUCAAGUUGAUAGGUCACAGAUACCUCAAGGAGGGGAUAGGUGACUUCAUUCGAGCAUUGUAUGAAUCUGAGGAGAACUGUGAGGUGGACCCCAUGCGAGUCCCGCCUUCGGUCCUGGCUGACCAUCAAGCAAACCUUCGCAUGUGCUGCGAGCUCCUACUCUGCAAGAUCAUCAACUCUCUAUGCAUUUUCCCCCGCGAGCUGAAAGAGGUGUUUGCGUCAUGGAGGGCGAGAUGUGCCGAGCGUGGGAGGGAGGACCUCGCCGACAGCCUCAUUAGCUCGUCGUUGUUUCUUCGCUUCAUGUGCCCGGCCAUCAUGUCCCCAUCGCUCUUCAACCUGACGCAGGAGUACCCUGCCGAACGCACCUCGCGGACGCUCACGCUCAUCGCCAAAGUCAUGCAGAACCUGGCUAGCUUCAGCAAGUUUGGGCCUAAGGAGGAGUUCAUGUACUUCAUGAAUGAGUUCUUGGAGAUGGAAUGGGGUUCCAUGCAGCAGUUCCUCUACGAGAUCUCCAACAUGGAUGCCGGAGGAAACGCCGGCGGCUUCGAGGGCUACAUCGACCUCGGCAGAGAGCUGUCUAUGUUGCACAGCCUACUUUGGGAAGUCAUGGGCCAACUAAGCAAGGACGCUAUUCUCAAACUGGGGCCUCUGCCUCGGCUCCUGAAUGACAUCAGCGUGGCCCUGAGGAACCCUCAGCUACACACCACCACUAAUCACCAGCCCGAGCGGCCCAAGGACAGACUCUUCUCUCGGCCCACGUUCAAUCGCCUCAUGUCCUCUGACUUCCAGAGCCUGAUGAUGCGCGACUUAAACAGUUCGAUUGAUAUCUCCCGCCUGCCGUCGCCCGCCCCCGGCGUGUCUGCUGUGGAGUCUCUCUCGUCCAACCUCAACAUGAGGCGUCAGGCGGAACGAGAUUUGCGCUCGUCCAGGGAAGUUUUCUACGUCACACGCCCGCCGCUGGCCCGAUCCAGCCCGGCGUACUGCACGAGCAGCUCUGACAUCACGGAACCAGACCCUAAGGUACACAGCGUUAACAAGAGUGUGUCCAUGAUGGACCUUCAAGACUCACGCAUGAACAGCAUUUCCAACCUGAACUCUGUGGGAGACAUGCUCACCUCCUCCCAGGCCUCCAUAGCCGGCCUGGGCCACAGCUUCGGCAACCUGGGCGGCCCUCUCCGCAUGGGAGGGCACCUUCCCAGCGGCUCGGCGGGGUCCGGUUUGAGGCUGAGCCAGAUGGGCCACAUUGGCGGCCCCACCGAAUCCAUCUCCCAGCAGCAGCAGCAGGCGGCCGCGGCCAUGCACUUCCCCCUGUCUUUCCAGAACCCUCUCUUCCAUCUGGCCGCCCAGAACUCGCCGGCACAUCCUCCUCCACCGCCGCUCCUCCUCGCUCCAGAGCCGGAGAACGGCCACCAUGACUACGCGCCGGCGUUCGGCAACAACGCUUUCUCCCGCAGCGAGGAUUUGUCGGCCCUUCGCUCCCAAAACAGCCUGGUGCAGCCCAGCAUCGUCCACUCGCACAGUUACAGCGACGACUUCACCCGGCAGAACCAGAACGACUUUGUUUGGCAUCAGCUGUCACUGCAAGUGCAGGAGUCCCUCCAGCAGCAGCACCUGAUGGGCAUCACUUCUCAGACAGGCACCGGCACAGGUACGCCUGCCUCCUUGGCCACGCCCCCUACAACUGUUCACCCCGUGCGCCAGUCCUCCAUAGCACCCCACCUCCUGAAGUCCCAGCGGUCCAUCAACACUUCAGCCACCGCCACGCCCCCGAAGGCCCGACCACAGAGCAGGAAUCUGCUCCUGGACUCUUCUGACGGCAACUUCAGCGGCAGUCAGCCGAAGCAACGGCAGCAGUCGCAGCAGCAACAAACGCAACAACCACCGCAGACGCAACAACAGGAGACACAGAUGUCUUUGACUGACAGUCCGGCUCCUGGGCUGCCGUUUCAAACGAGCUCCGCCAAGGAGAACCAGGUGCCAUCUGCAGCCGCCGAAGACUCCACGGACACGCCCACAAAAAGCAACAAAAAGUCUCAACAGCUGCAGCCACCACAGCAGCAUCUGCUCAAGCCGGUCGUCAAUAAGGGUUCUCAAUCUAACUUGAAUGAGCGCACUGUGGCCUGGGUGUCCAACAUGCCGCACCUCUCGGCCGAUAUCGAGAGUCUGCGGCCCGACCGUGAAGGUCAGCUGAAGGAGUACUCCAAAAGCAUGGAUGAAUCCCGCCUGGAAAGGGUGAGGGAGUACGAGGAGGAGAUCCAUUCUUUGAAGGAGCGUCUGAAGAUGUCUCAUCGCAAGCUGGAGGAGUACGAGCAGCGGCUCGUGUCGCAGGAGCAGCAGACGAGCAAGAUCCUGCAGCAGUAUCAGUGCCGCCUGGAUGACAGCGAGCGGCGCCUCAAGCAUCAGCAGGUGGAGAAGGAUUCUCAAAUCAAAGGCAUCAUCAACAGACUCAUGGCUGUGGAAGAUGAGCUGAGAGGGGGCGCCAUUCCUGAUAUUAAGCCUCGAAUCCUCACAGACCAGGGCUAUGGCGGCCUCCCAGGAUCCUGACUGCCAGUUCGAAAGCGACAAGGAUCCGUGAUGGUCAUCCAAGUGUAAGCGGAACCAGAAGAUCUACGGUACCUCACAAAAGAUUCUUGUCGCAAGAAAAACUUUCAAAAGAACUUGACAAUCACUUUUACGACUGAGACCAAUUUGUACAAAGUAUGUCGAGUUAACGCCUUGUUAGGAGUUUCUUCAUCUGUCAAAAAUGCUGACUAGAGGAUUCUUGCGGGCACAAUGCAACACCUUGGGGCUGCCGACUAAAAUGUAGAACAAGCACAAAAUCCGCCCUGAUUAGUUACAUUUUUUUUUUUUUGCACCUAUUAAUCUUUUUUUUUUUAAAUCAAAUUAUAGCUGCUUUCUACUCAAUUUCAAGCCUUUUCAUUUUCUAUUCUAAUUAAUUUUUAUGAUGAAAAGGCUGAAGUUGACUACAGAGUAUUAAAAUGUGUUUUUUAGGAUAAAUACUAUUAUAAUUCUGUUUUAUGAAAAAAGUUCUCAUAAAAGUUCAUAAACAAAUCCUAAUCUACAGUUUAAAAAAUCAGCUGUCUUUAAAGAGGUGCAAUAAAAAAAGUUACCUACCCUUUA